AAUCAUUUUAGUGCAGCUGCAUGAAUGUGAUUUCUUUACAGUGCAGUAGCCUGCUCCAAUCAACGAGAGCAGAAAUGCAAUAUUUCUUUUCAGCUCUGCAAUUUAAUCUUUGCUGCAUGUUUUUUGCCACAUCAAUUGUUAGGGCAACGAGACACUCAUAUUGGAAACUGCCAUUUACUUUAUGGCAAAGUAUUGUUUAUAAGCAACAAAGUUAGAGGUGUGUACAAUGUAAUGCACUGGGUUCAGCGAGGGGACAGAUGAACAGAAAGUUAUAUUACACUCCAAGGGCUUUCAAAAUGUUGACUAAUAAGUGCUCAAUAUUGUUUCAUUUUCAGAAUAAGUGGUCUUUUUUAAAAGACUUUUUACUGUACAUGAAUCUCUUUCACAUAUGUAUCAAUCAUGUUGAUCUCAUUUUCCUUUUUCAGCAGAAACCUUUAGCACCAUAAUUUUGGUUGGGUAAAUAUUUGCCAGGUGCUGAUAACUAAUGGUUAAAGUGUAACCAGGCUGGCUUUGCUAGAAUAUGCUUAAUGUAAAAUCAUGUCAGUCCAAAACCUCUUUGUGCUCGAAGAAUUGUUUCUUUCAAGCAUAAACACUACAUGGGUCCCCAUUCUGUUUAUUCACAUAAGUAGACGCACAAAUAAUUAUAACAGUAACAGGGAGAUUUGAGAGCAUGCCAGAAGGACCUAACAAAAAUAGGUUGAGGCGUCAUAGCAGGCUAAAUUCUAGAUCUUGAAGUGUACGGUAAUGCAUAUUUAAAGAAACACUAACUUCUCAUUCAGUUUUCUGAGUCAGCUGCAGCAAACACCUUAGGAACUAUACUUAGGCACCAAUCAACUUAGUGACGUUUUCUGCUUAGGCCUGUGGGCUGCUGAACAAAAGUGGGGGGGGAGGCUCUACAAAGCUGGGAGUUAGGGGAGGGUCUAAAGUCCUCCAGUGGAAAAUGUUGAAAUACCAGGUGCAGUUGCCUGCAUUUUAGGAGAGAUAUUAAGACAUUUAAAAAUGAAAAUAAGCACCUACAGUAUUAGAAUUCAGUACUGGGUCAGUGGCCAUAUGAGUAGGGCUAUUCACAUGCAUAAGGGUUCGCAGGAUUGGGCCCAUAUUCCCCACUGGACAUGCGCACAUAUAAACAUUCAAACAGCCAAAAUCAAACUUAACCCUACUAAGUAGGUUAUUCCCCCUCAUUCACAUACAGGAACACUGGUUCCCAUGGACAACUAGGUCUGGCAAAACCCCUUUAUCCUAAAGGAUCUUGUCCUCCUACAAUUCCUGAUGGAGAGAAACAAAUUUACUUUACCGUGUGUACUUUGGCUAACAUUUUAACAUCCCGCUUUUUUUAAAUUGUGCUUUCUCUCUGGUUUUUAGUCUGUUACUUCUAUUUUCUUAUAUGGAGGAGGAGGGCAGGGGAAGUAUGUAUGAAAAUAAAAAUAGGUUUAUCAUUACAUUUUGAUUACACACAUUGUCUUUCUUGGCUCAAUUGUUGUUGUUUUUCCCUUCUCUCUCUCUGAUUCUUUCCCUCAGUCAACUUCAGUCUAUUUUCUCUAUAACUCUUUGCAUCUUCCCGCUCACUGUAUUUCUACCUCCGUACCUCUUCUUCCUUUUCCUCCUCUUCCUUUUUGUUUUCUCCUUAGACUAAUUCCCUUCCAUUUCCUUCUCCCCAUCUCUCCUCCUUGCCCCUACAUUUUUUUUCUUUUCCUCAGGCUGUCUUCCCCUCUCGGCCUGGGAGAAUCCCUCUGUAGUGCUCGCACCCCAUCCCUAUAAAAAUCACCAAAAUGUUCAGGGAGAGGGGAAUCUCUGGCUGCUACAUGAGGCAAUUCGUUCUGGAUCAAGCAGCUUCCUGUUCUGAUGAGCUACUGCACUGCGGCAUACAACAUGGUGUGGAAGUGGCAGCGAAAAGAGGAAAGGGAGAAGCAGCCACAGCAGCAGGAUGGCACCUAGUGGUGGAAGGGUGAAAGAGUAGAAGUUGCGGUCACCGCUGCCAGAGAUGCCUUUCUAGGCUGGUCCUCCAAAAGUCCUCAGGAAAGAUCUCAGAUAAUGAACAAGUUAGCGGACCUGAUAGAGCAUGACCUGGAGGCAUUUGCACAAGCAGAAUCAAAAGAUCAAGGAAAAACAAUUACAUUCGCUAGAACAGUGGAUAUCCCACGGGCAGCAUACAACUUCCGGUUCUUUGCAUCUUCUGUCCUUCACCAUACCACAGAAUGCACUCAGAUGGACCACAUGGACUGUAUGCAUUACACCGUGAGAACUCCAGUAGGCAUUGCUGGUUUAAUAAGUCCUUGGAAUUUGCCACUUUACUUGCUCACCUGGAAAAUAGCCCCAGCCAUAGCAUCUGGAAACACUGUCAUUGCCAAGCCCAGUGAGAUGACAUCUGUCACUGCUUGGAUGAUGUGCAAACUUCUGGGUAGAGCAGGAAUCCCACCAGGAGUGGUGAACAUUGUGUUUGGAACUGGCCCCAAAGCUGGGAGGGCUAUUGUCUCGCAUCCUGAUGUGCCACUGAUCUCCUUCACUGGAAGCACGCUCACGGCCCAGCACAUCAGGGAGAGGAGUGCCCCACACUGCAAAAAGCUCUCUCUGGAACUGGGAGGCAAGAACCCUGCAAUCAUCUUUGAGGAUGCUAAUCUGGACCAAUGCAUCCCUACCACUGUGAGAUCCAGCUUUGCAAAUCAGGGUGAAAUCUGUCUUUGCACCAGCAGGAUCUUUGUUCAGAGGAGCAUUUAUAAUGAGUUUUUGAAGAGGUUUGUAGAAGAAGCCAGAAAGUGGAAGGUUGGGAGCCCCUCAGAUCCCACGUCCAGUAUGGGGGCACUGAUAAGUAAAGAACAUUUAGAAAAGGUAAAGAAUUAUGUGAAGAAGGCUCGAGCUGAAGGGGCUAGAAUUCUCUGUGGAGAAGGAGUGGAUUCUUUGGUUCUUCCAACUGGAAAUCAGAAUGGCUAUUUCAUGCUGCCUACGGUCAUUGCUGAAGUCAAGGAUGAAUCCUGCUGCAUGCAAGAAGAGAUCUUUGGUCCUGUGACGUGUGUGGUACUGUUUGAUACGGAAGAGGAAGUGAUUAAAAGAGCCAAUGGUGUCAAGUAUGGCCUGGCAGCCACGAUAUGGUCAAGCGAUGUGGGGCGUGUUCAUCGUGUGGCGAAGAGACUGCAAGCUGGCCUGGUGUGGACCAACUGCUGGCUAGUCAGGGAACUGAACUUGCCAUUUGGUGGGAUGAAAGCCUCAGGGAUAGGCAGGGAGGGAGCAAAGGAGUCUUAUGAGUUUUUCACUGAGGUCAAAACCAUUACAAUAAAACACUGAAAUUUGCCCAUUAAGUAUUUUAUGGCAAAAUAAACAACCGACAUUUGUGCUUACAAAUGUCUCUGGGCUAUACCAAGAGAUCAUGGCCUGCUUAUAAUUAAUUUUUAUAGAAAUCCAUUCGUUGAUAAAUAACAACUAAAGCUUAAGAUGCUCGGCCCCACAACUGGCAGCAGAGAAAGUAGAUUCUGGAUCCUACCCAAGCCACAAACCUGAUUCGCAGGGCUCAAGGAGAUCUUGAGGAUUCCAAAGUUAAUUCACCAUCUCUUUCUCAAGCUGGUCCAGUAAAAGGAAUUACCUCACACAUCUUCUGUCUCUCAUAUCUUGGGACGUAGAUGGCUGCAACAACACUGUGAAUAAAUGUCCCCAAAAAAGGCCAAUUAGAGACAGGGUGAUAAAUAAUGAUGGUUGUGGUCAACAAAUCACCUUGAGUGACAAAGACACAAGCGAAUUAUGAUGUUAUGUUCUAAUAGGAAUAAACACAUUUCCUCUCUAAAUGGGUAAUCCCAUGAACAAUA